UCUAAAAUUCGGUCACCAUAUCGAAGUCCGAACCCAACCCACCAAAAUAGGUGCUUAGUUGUAUCGUCCAUAAAGUGGGCUGCUACAAAUGGGGCUCUAAUUUAAGGCCCAAUAAGAAUCCUAGUUAGGGUUUGCGCGUCAAUAUUUAUGCUUCUGAAUCUGCGCCACUCUCCCUCUCCUUCAGUCAUUUCUGCCACCGUCUCACAACCCCUGCUCUAGGGUUUUUCUUCAGUGAUUCGGGAAGCUAAUUGACCGUGCACGAUGAGUAAGCUUCAGAGUGAGGCGCUGAGGGAAGCCAUCACAGUGAUAGUUGCAAAUGCCACUGAGAAGAAGCGCAACUUCACAGAAACUAUUGAGCUCCAGAUUGGACUCAAGAACUAUGACCCCCAAAAGGACAAGCGUUUCAGCGGGUCUGUGAAGUUGCCCCAUAUUCCAAGACCCAAAAUGAAAAUAUGCAUGCUUGGUGAUGCCCAGCAUGUUGAGGAGGCAGAGAAGAUCGGGCUUGAGUCCAUGGAUGUGGAAGCACUGAAGAAGUUGAAUAAAAACAAGAAAUUGGUGAAGAAGCUAGCAAAGAGGUACCAUGCUUUCUUGGCCUCAGAAGCAGUUAUUAAGCAGAUUCCACGUCUCUUGGGACCUGGUCUUAACAAGGCAGGUAAGUUUCCUACUCUUGUGACUCACCAGGAGUCACUUGAAGCCAAGGUUAACGAGACUAAGGCUACAAUUAAGUUCCAAUUGAAGAAGGUUCUCUGCAUGGGUGUUGCAGUGGGUAACCUUGACAUGGAGGAGAAGCAGAUAUUUCAAAACGUGCAAAUGAGUGUCAAUUUCCUUGUUUCCCUUUUGAAAAAGAAUUGGCAAAAUGUAAGUCCCGUUUACAUGUUCAUGGUUUUUGUUGAUAGAUGCGAUUUUGGUAAUUGGGUUUGCUUAUAUGUUGUUUUUGUGAUUGUAUCAGGUGAGGUGCUUGUUCUUGAAGAGCACCAUGGGAAAGCCACAACGUAUCUUUUAAGAAGUUAAUAAACUUUUGUUAUUGAAUUCGUAGAAUGACCAGUUGUGAUGGAGCAGAAACUAUUCAAAACUUCCCAGAAAUGGGAAUUUUUUUGUUUUCUCUUUUUGCGACGUUGAAAUCGGAUUUAUUAUUAUGGAUACUCUUUUGUAUUUGUUUACUUCAGAUUAUUGCCCAUUAUAUGUUCCUUGA